UACAAUAAAAAAAUUCGGAAGGUUUUCAAUAACUAUUGCAGAAGUCAAUAUUUUCCCGACAUUGCACUUCAUAAUAUGUCAUCAGUGCAUGCUGUAUAUGAAACAAAUCUUCCCUGGGCAAUAUUUAUCAUGUCACAUCAUAAUUAUGACUAAAAUUACAUCAAAGUGUUGUCAGAAACUGACAGUUAUAGGUGAAGAUGAUUAGUCAUACAACGAAAGUUUAUGCAAGAUUGAAAAGAGAACCAAAAAAUGUUGAUCUAGAAGCUUAUCAAAUAAUCAAAAAGGAAGGACAAUUGGACGGUAUUAUUUUUUCAAGGAAUGGCACAAAUAAUCCUGUUCAGCGUUGUUUCAGGUUUCAUAAAGUCUUUGAUCAAAAAUCGUGCCAAUCAGAAGUAUUCGAUGCCGUUGCCAAACCAAUACUGAAUAGCAUCAUAGAAGGAUUCAACGGUACGAUUUUCGCUUACGGACAGACUGGAAGCGGUAAAACUUACUCCAUCACUGGUUCACCGAAGAAAUACAAUGAAAGAGGAAUCAUACCAAGGAGCAUACAGUAUAUAUUUGAACAGAAUGAAAUGAUUUCCGAGAAACCUACAAUUUACAUUUCUUACAUGGAAAUUUAUAAUGAAGUUGGCUAUGAUCUACUUAGUCCUAAACAACACAAUAUAGCUAGAAGUUUGGAAGAAUUACCAAAGAUCGCUCUACUGGAAGAUAGAAAAGGAGAAGCGCAUAUCCGCAAUUUGAGUGUUCUGCCAGUCACAACUGAGCAAGAUGCCAUGAGACUGCUUUUUCUGGGAGAUACAAAUAGAACUAUCGCCGAGACCCCAAUGAAUGAGUAUUCGUCAAGAUCGCAUUGUAUAUUCACUAUAUACAUUACUCAUCGCAGUUCUGCAACAAAUAAAUUGAGAUCUUCGAAACUGCAUCUUGUAGACCUUGCUGGAUCGGAACGAGUUUCAAAAUCUCUGACAACCGGACUGGCUCUACAUGAAGCCAAACACAUUAAUUUGUCUCUUCAUUUCCUCCAACAAGUCAUGCUGGCUCUAUCGGAAUCUAAAAGAUCCCACAUACCAUACAGAAACAGCAUCAUGACAUUCAUAUUGAGAGAUUCACUUAGUGGAAACUGCCUUACUGCAAUGUUGGCGACACUUGCAAUAUCCCAAAGGAAUAUUCAGGAAACAAUCAGUACCUGUAAAUUUGCCCAAAGAGUGUCUUUAAUAACAACCGAGCCUGUUAUCAAUGAAAUUUCUGACCCGCAACAUGAAAUAUCUUUCUUGAAGAGCAAAAUUGAAGAACUGAGUGAACAACUAUCUUCUCUAAAGAGUUUAAAGAACAUCAACGAAAUGACAAAAGAUCGUAAGGAACAUUGUCGAUUAGAAGUUGAAACAUAUUUACGGAACAUUAAGGAAGAUGAAGAAUUGAAAAUUGAUAAACCCGAUUUUACGCAAAUACAAUUCUGUUUCAAUUUAUUGAAGAAAGAAUUCAUUUUACAAAAAAAGAAAUAUGAAGAUAUCAAGCUGAAACUGGAAAAAAGUACUGCAGAAGUUCAAAAAUUGAAGAGUGAUGCACUGAGAAAUGAUAAGGAGAUUGAUACUUUGAAAAAUAUCAUAGAUAAAAUUCCAGAACAUCCUGUUAAUUUGAAUUCACGCCAUGAAACCGGUUUUCAAUCAGAUAUGGAUACCAAACCUCCUUUUACUGAUUGUGAACAACGGCAAACAUGUAUCACUGAUGAUAAUGAAGAAGUCCUACUGAAAUUAUAUUUGUCAAAUCCAAAAAAUUCCAACACCCUGAACUUCUAUCGAAGGGCUCUGGAAAACAAACUGGAAAUGGCAAAACUUCUUGCGGAGACGAUAAAGCAAUGUCAAAAAAAUAUAUCAUGUGUGAGAGAGGCUUUAGAAAACUGUAUCGAUGCUUCACAACGAAGUCACCUGAUCACAGAAUUGGAACAGCAACAAAACAUCUACAGAAGAGCUCUAACUGAUCUAAAAGACAUCCAGAAGGAAACUCUCCACCUUGAAUCGGGACUGAAGCAAACAGAAAUUAAAACCGAGCAGCAAUACAGACGUUGGCUUGAAGAAUAUAAGUUGAACAGACGCUGUCACAAGAAUAAUGAGAACUAUCACCCGCACUGCAUGAACAAAAUUGAGUAUGAUCUACAAAACCACUCAUUCUCCAGAAUCACAAAUCACUGUUUGAAGCCGCAAAACCUUUCUAAAAGUUGUAUCUGUAGAUCCGAUAAUGGACCAUUUGGUAAUGAAAGUCAUACAACUUCAAUGACAUUCGAAAAUUGCAGUCAGGUAUUUCUGGAGGAGAAAGGUCUUGAGGAAUAUAUGGCAAAAUCCUCUGGAAAUCGUCCCAACAGAGAAUUAUGUGGCAAACUGAAUAAUGUUCACAACAACAGCUGUGGACAAUGUUGUAGUGAUAAUAGUAUUUGUUCACUGUCUCCUGAAUCUUCUGUGGAAAAAAAUAUGUUUAGAAAUGGAGGAACAAGAAUAAGUAUGUAUGUUUCUCCAGAUCUUUCCCUGUCACCAGCUGGAAAUUGCACUUGUGUAGUCCCCGAGAAACGGAACGAAACGAGUUGUGUACUAUCAACUUGUAGGACCUCUUUAAAAGAGAAUAUGAUUGUCACUGAACCAGAAAUAUUCCCUGGUAUAUACACAAACGAAUGUGGCAUUAUUUCUUCACAAACAGCUAUUUCUUGUUUCUGUACUCCAUCUGAAAAUGAGAAUAAUAGAGUGUACACUUCGUGUAAUGCUCCUCAUACAGGUGGAAAGAAGUAUUAUGCUGUACCAAAUGAUCAUUGUGAGUACGAGUACCGUUAUCUUCAACCAGAAUCACAAAGUUCUACCAACAACGUAUCAGGACACACAUAUUCAGAUCAAGCAUGUCCUUGCAAUGGAACAAGUACUGAAACUGGUUUAUAUCCAACAAAAACCAAAUAUCAUGAAAUAGAAGCAAGCGUUCAAAGGACUCAUGGUACCUGUGAGAGUACCAUUAACCUUUUGGACAAAUGGGAAGCUUAUAAAGACGGUCCGUCAAGUGAAUGUAAUGAUGAAACUGUGGUUACAUCUGACUUAGGAACAACUAAAAAUCACCAAUCAACUACUGAUUGUCAAAAUUACUAUUUUCAAGAAACUGAUACAUUUGAGUUUAGAGAAUUUAUGAAAACCAUCACACUGACAGGUGAUGUAGAGGUGGAUAAGGAAAUUUACAAUUUUUAUAGAAGUAAAUUUGUUGAAACAAAUGUUAUGUUUGCUCAAUAAAAUAGAUCACUGA